AUGGAGUUCAUCCCACGUAACCUGUGGGAUCUACUCCCCUUUUCUGGAAACCUAGAACAAGAGGCUGACCCACUGAUCUGCCAGAGUUGUGGCGAUACUAGCCAUACAGAGGAAGAGCACGCUGCAUUUCCUAAGGCAGGUGCAAUAACCACCAUCGAACCCCUCCCUGCCGAACUGAAGCUCGACAUCCUGUCCCGCCUUGGACCCAGAGAUAUCAUGCGCUGCCGUGACGUGUCUACAAACUUUCGCGAGCUGGUGAACGCCCCUGAGAACGACAGAGCGCUCUUGCGGAAGGUUCAAGAACGCGAAAACAGUCUUGUGGACGCCCAUUACUUUGCCGGCACGCCAGAGGAACCAAGUAUGCCUGCCUUCGUUUUCGCUUACCUUGCCCGGCGUGGCCUUUGGAAAGCUCUGAGUCAUACGCGGAUCAACAUCGAUGUCGCAGUCACGCAAUGGGCUUCAAACCAUUCUCCUGCCGUGCGGAGAAUGGAACGCCUGUUAAAAGAAAGGAGGACCAACGACCAGAUUGUCAUCACACAAAAUAGCUAUCUGCCAAUGAUAGAGUGGCUCGACAACGUUGCCAAUGCGUUGGUACAGGCCUACAUGGACACACACUGUCCGACUUUGACAAUUGGUCCGCACAACCGUGUGCUCAAGGAUCAGUAUGGCCAUGAAUAUCCGACAGCAUUCCGCGAAGUCGACACGGUCCAGCAGUUCCUCGAGGUCGUCGAUACUCCUAUAUGGUUUGUCUCGGACACGGACGCCGAACUCAAAAGAUGGGGCUUGAAAAUCGACCGUGACGAACUCCGUCAGUACUACCUUGACAUCAAGGCACGCAAGGAGCCUAAGCUUCCUCCACGUUCAUCGAACAUCAACAAGAGCGACAGCAGUGGCCUUCUUCGCAUUCCAUUGUCCGGGGACGCAUGUCUCGAAACGCCAAAACUCCACGUCACUCGAAUUGAGCAUUGGCAACAGGAUCCUGAGAUUAUGGCCGGCCUCCCAAACGGCUUCCUAUUCGAAAAGGAUGGUUGGUUCCGCCAUGAGGAACUGGAAAAAGCCCUGGGUGUAACGCUUCCAGAGCUUGGACCGGAUGGAGCUUACUGUAUCCGUACGACAUGGGCUGUCGACACCCUCCGCAAAGCCAAGAAAGGGAAGGCUCUGUCGAAGUGGGCGAGAUCUGCUCUGUUGGACGAAUUAUGGUUGUUCUAA